AUGCAUUCGGUCCAGGAAGGGAUGUGGGACCCCCAGCCCCCGUCUAAACAUGCCUCGCCCCUCCCCCCAGCACAACCUUCCUCCUCCAGCCUACACCGCCCCCAUGUGAUCGCAGACACCCCAGCAAAGCGAAUCACCUUUUACAAAAGCGGGGACAGCCAGUUCGGGGGCGUCAGGAUGGCGGUGCACAAGCGGAGCUUCAAAUGCUUUGACGCUCUGCUGGAUGACCUUUCGCAAAAGGUGCCGCUGCCAUUUGGUGUGCGAACUGUGACAACUCCGCGGGGCACUCAUACUAUCAAACACCUAGAGCAGCUCCAGGAUGGUGGCUGCUACCUCUGCUCUGACCGACGCCAGGCUAAGCCAAUCAAUAUGGAGCUAGCCAGAAAACAUCCGGGUAUCUGGUACAAUGAUACCCGUAGGCCACAUCGUCCAGAAACCUCAUCCUCGACGGCAACCGCGCAUUUUCCUUACCGGCAGCGUCGGAUCCUAUUGGUCAAAAACAGCGAGCCGGGGAUAAGGAGGAGUUUGGUGCUGAGCAGGAGGUCAACGAGGAGCCUGAGGGCCUUUCUUGAUGAGGUUUCAGAGGUGAUGCAGUUUCAUGUCCGCAAGCUCUACACUGCAGAGGGACGCAGGAUUGAGAGUGUGCAAAGCCUGAUGACUUGUUCUGGAGUGUUGGUGUGUGUUGGCCGUGAAGCCUUCAGCCCAAUGCUCGUCAACUUCAUCAGGAAGAGCUCAGAUGAGCGACUGCCUGGUUUGAACAGCAGGUCCCCCGGUCUUGGCCCCAGGACGCCUGGGAAUGGGGCCCGAUCUCCUGGUACUCAAGGAUUAAGAUCCCCACCUCAUGGAGCUCAGUCCAGAGCCAGCGAGUACAGUGAAGUGCAUGAAAGCAGGAAAAAUGUUAACUUUGGUCUGGAAACAAAGAAAAGCAUCAUCCAUCCUCGUUCAGAUUCCUCAAACCGCUCUGCACGCUUCUCCCUGUCUUCAGAGAAGUCAUAUGGCAACGGUGUUAGUGCCUACUCCCAGGCCAAGCCGGCCAUCAUGAAUGAAGACAUCGAAAAGCGCGUCCUGGUCAAUAAAGAUGGCAGCCUCUCGGUGGAAAUGAGGGUGCGAUUCCGCCUACACAGUGAUGAAACCCUCCAGUGGUCGACACAAAUCAAAAAGUCACCGUCUCUGACCAAUGAGUGUUGCCCGCUGAGCCAGGCCCAGCCUCAUUACCUGCAGCAUGGUCAAUCAGAAAGCUGCUCUGACCCUGAUUCCGCAUCUUACGAGCAAGAGGGCGUGCAUUGUUCAAGCCAAACUCUGCAGCACGCGGCAGAUGGAAAUAGCUGCCCUUGCUGCUACCAGAGACAGGAGCAGCAGUAUGACUUCUGGGAAAACCCUGUACACAGCUGCAAACCGCCUCCUGUCCCUCCCCAGCAUGCACACAGCCACAGCCACACCAUGAUGAGACACACACAUUCUUCCAGCUCGUCCUCGUCGUGUAACUCAAGGAGGGUCGUGCGUUGCCGAGCGCGACUUUCCAACUGCUCGGGUACAGAAAAACAACUGGUCCAAGAGGAAAUGUGUGUGACAGAGCAGGUUGAGCGUAGAGUGGAGGUCGAGCAGGAUGGAGGAACCCACGUAGAGGUGUGCAGGGUGAGCCGAUGCUCCAGCCGCAGUGAAGUAGUGGCCGCAGAUAGCAACCUGCGACCACAUAGCGGAAAGUCAAUAGAGGAGGAUGUCCUGAUGGAGGUAGACAGGGAGCGUCCCAUAUCUGCAGUGAGCAGCUCGUCGCAUGUUCUGCAAUCGCUGAAAGAGGACCAGGAUGAUGCCCAACCCACUGGGCAUGAGGAUGGGGAAGAGAGUGGAAGCCGGGUAGUAUCCGCGGCCUCAUCCUGUCACUGUGGAGAAGCCACCGUAGAGGACGUGGAUCGAGCCCCCAGUUCCAAGUCCAAAAUGAGCACGGCCUCUUGCAGAUCUAGCAAAACCAAGAUCCAAAAUUCAGAGGAUGAUGGAACCGCAGAUGACGAGGAUGACGAGAUAAAGAGAGUUGGGAGUAGUUUAUCUGGUCACACAGGAAUAUCUCUGCAGUCAAGGGCUUCCAGUGUAUGUCCUGAUUGCGGUGGGUGCAAACGGGGGAGCAACUAUGUCUCCUCAAAGCCUGCUACACCUCAAUCCAACCAAGUGAUUGCCAACAACGGCAGUGAAAAUGAUGGCUCAGAUUUCUCGACUCAGUCCAACAAGACCAAUCUCACCAACAGUGGGCGCAUCUCUGCGAUAUCCAAUCUCCCAGAGGACAGAGCCUCCAGUGCUACAAGUCACAGGUCAGAAAGAUCAGAUAGAGAUGGGCAUAGGAGCCCCAGUGCUAGGUCCGCCAAAUCUGACACAGAAACGGGCGACUCAGACAGUGGCAAGUCCACUGUUUCUUUUAACAUGAACACUGAGAGUAAAGGCAGAGUGAAGACAACAACUCCUGCCACAAACACAAAAAAGACAUCCAUGAAGGAAAAUGUGGAAGGAAGAGGGUCCACCCGGUCUAGAAAAUCCAAUAACAAUGGCAACAAAAGCAUUACACCUCCCAAAACUCCAGCAGUAGAUAUCCCAACCAUUGAAACACCAGGAGGGAUUGAGGAUAAAGGUGAAGAUGACCUUGAACCAAGAUGUGAAAGGUCCACUUCAACAGCUAAAGUUAGCAAUGCAGAUGUCCCUAACCAUAGGACCCCAACUGCGAUGUCAUCAGCAAGUGCUAAAGUUGGCAGCAAAACUAAAAGUAAAAAUCAAGCACCCAGUAGACCAGCUAGCAAGACUGAAGGGGAAGAAGAUAACAAAGCUGCCAGUGUCCACUCCAAGAGUCAGUGUUGUCUAAUGCCUGAGUCGGCAGCUUCAGCUCACUUAGGGUCAAAGGUUAAGGAGAGUAUAGGAGGGGAUCCAGCUAAACCAGACUCUAUGGAUGCUGUUAAAAGUCCCAAGGCCAAAUCCACUGGCAGCGUCAAUAGCAGGCCCCAAAGCAAAUUAGCACUGAUCAAAUCCUCAAGCCCCUGUCCCUUACACAACUCCAGACCGUCCAGCAAAGAGGAAGAUUGUAGUGAGAGCACUUUGUCUCACUCACUGUCAGCUGCCGACCUCUUAAAGGAAGCCAUCGCUGCACGUCCACACAGCCGUCAGUCAAAGGCCAGUAAAGCCAGCGGCAAGACAAGGAGCGAGAAAUGUCAGAGAAGUAGGAACCAGAGGGGUCAUGUGGAGACGCCGGAUUUGACGCCCGCGUGUUUGCCUAAUGCCUCCCCGAAUGAGGUCGUUAGUGAGUGGCUGGCAAGCAUCCCCACUGAUAGUAGCAUGCUCACACUUGGAGAUGAGAUGAACGAGGAUGAGGAUUUGCUCGUUGAGAAGGCGAUGGACGAGAAACCUGGAGAAGAGGUGUCAAAGGAAGAGGAGAGUCCUGAAGAAGGGAGAGUGGACAAUGGGGAGAAUGUGGAGGCCAAAGAGGAAGAAGAAGAAGAAGAAGAAGAAAAAGUGGAGGAAGCUGAAUCGGAUGCAUUAGAUGAGAAGUGUUUGGAUCAACCUCCGGGUGAUAAAGUGGCAAAUUCAUCUUCCCACAACCAUCUAUUGUCGAGCAGGGAGUCUUUGCCGAAGAACUGGCAUUCUUCAGCUGCGGUGAUGAAAGUUCUACUGGGCUCUUCUCUCGGACGAUGUCGGAGCAUGCCAGAGGUGUCUCCAGUUUAUGGUCGCCGACUGAGCACAUCAGCCAGGGGGCUCUUGGACUGUUUGGCCCAGCUUCAGCUCAUCGAGCCCGCAGUGGGUCCUGAACGUGACUGCCAAAAGCCCCACAACCAUCAUUAUCAGGACAUCAUGACAAUCCUUCAAUCUCUCUGGCUGGCUGAACCGGAGAACAUCUCGACCAAGGACUCUGGCGGAGAUCAGAUCACCCCUCCAAGGUCUUCCUCCGGGGUCGAUAUGAGCAGUGGUUCUGCUGGAUCAGGGAAGGAGAAUGGAAAUCAGGGUGAAGAUGAAACUAAUAAAAUUGAAGCUAAAGAGACUGAAUCUUUACAUGAAGAUGAGGAAGUGGACAAGGUUGCAGAUGUGGAAGAUGGAGAAAGUGAAGAACCCAAGGAAGCUGAGACAGAGCCAGAGGAGACCUCAACAGAGCAGUUCAAGAUAGAUACAGCAGAGCCGGUAACAAGUGAAGAACAAAACACAGUCCCUAACCCAAAAGCCACUGAGAAUCCUUCAUCAUCAGAAAAGAGCUCAGCUAACAGCAGCUCUAAAUCCCCCACUGAUAAUGAACAAGAGACACUUGAGGACUCUAGCUCAGGAACGCCACCGACUGUCCUCAGGGCACCACUUGCUAAAAAGCUAUCCCAAGACCCCGAUCCGGUGUGGAUUCUACACCUCCUGAAGAAGCUGGAGAAACAGUUCAUGAACCACUACAUCACUGCAAUGGCCGAGUUCAAAGUCCGCUGGGACCUGGACGACAGCCUCAUCUUGGACACCAUGAUCUCCGAGCUGAAGGACGAGGUGAGCCGGCGCAUCCAGAGCAGCAUUGAGCGCGAGAUGCAGAAGAUCCAGGGUCGGGCCGGCAAAGGGGGAAGGUCGCCUAGGCCACCGAUGGGUGGGAAUCUCUCCAGGGAGUCCACCAUGACGGAGAAAAGACGCCGAAUGUUGAAGGUCAUGAAGAACCAAUCAGUGAAGACCGCUGACUCACUCAGCGAUGGAGAAAACACGGCGGACUUCAGUGACCAGAGAAGCGAUGAUGAGUACUGCCCCUGUGAUGCCUGUGUCCGCAAGAAAAUGGCCGCCAGGCCUCUCAAAACAAACCCAUUGGCGGCUGAAGCGCCGGUGAUGAUGGAGUUCGACCUCCUCAAGAUACUGCAGCUUAAAAAGAGCCCGUUUCCAACGCCUGCCGCCGUGCCGCAAGUCGACGUGGUUGAAGAGGGGGAGGGGGAGGGGGAGAGUAAUUUAGAGGUGGUGGAGGAGGAAGAGGAGGAGGAUGAAACCAAAGAAGAUAUCAAAGCCGAUGGGGCCGAGGAGGAGGAGUGUGAGGUGUCCGACUCCAAGCCUGAAGAAGAAGAAGGUGAAACAACUGGAAAGGAAAGUGAAGAAGAAGAAGAGCCAGCUCGGGAAUCAGAGGAUGAAAAAGAGGCGGCAAAUGAAGAAUCAAAGCUGGAAGAGGAGUCUGUUGAAGAAAAUGGCGGCGCUUCAGGAGAGGCGGAGGAUGAAGAUGACGGGGAUGACGGCACAGGAGAAGAAAAGGAAGGCGAAAGUGGAGAGCAGGAAGUUGAGGCUUCAGAGGAGGAGAGAACAUCACCACAGGGCCAAGGGGUGACCGAGGGAGAGGAGGCCGAUGCAGAAGAUUCAGACACUGACGCCAAACGUCCAAGUGACACGAGUGUGGACGAUUCAGGACAGGAUGGGGCGGAAGCCACAGGAGAAGAAGAGGAGAAUGAUAGUGGAGGAGGCGGAGAAGGAGAUGUGGUAGAAGAGUUCAAGCCGGAGGAAGGAGAGGAGGGAGAUGUGGAUGGAAACAAAAAGGAGGACGGGGCUCUGCUCCAGCAGUUUACCAGGACCUCUGUGGAAUCCCAGCCCGGCUCCUUGGAAGACAUCGACUCAGAAACCCAGAAAAACCACAUGCAGUCCAUAGUGGUGCCCAAAAUGGCUGCUGGAGUAUCUACUGGUGGUGGCUCUGGCAACAGGAGGAGUCGCUCUCCUGCCAGAGUGAAACGCUGCAAACCCAAGACGAGCGAUGUUGAACUGGGUGACUUUUAAAAUCGUACAAAAACAAAAGACUUAAACACUUCAAAGCACUUUAUCAUUCAAGAUCAGAUGUAGGAGAAAUCACAUAUUUACAUGUAGAAUCUUGAAACUACCAACUUAUCAUAUUUUAUUAUA